AUGACUGCGUUAGGCGGUUUUAUGGAAUUCUUUCAAAAAGGAAAGACAUUCAGGCCUAAGAAGAAAUUUGCUCUUGGAACAUUGCGGUAUUCUCUCCAUAAGCAAGCACAAGCUUCACUUAAUUCUGGAAUUAAUUUAAGGUCUGUUGUAAAAUUGCCUCCUGGAGAAGGUCUGAAUGAUUGGAUAGCUGUUCAUGUGGUAGACUUUUUUAACAGAAUAAAUCUGAUAUACGGUACCAUUUCCGAGUAUUGUGAUUCUGCGUCUUGUCCAACUAUGAGUGGAGGAGCUCGAUUUGAAUAUUUAUGGGCAGAUGGUGAAAAAUAUAAGAAGCCUACUGCAUUACCAGCACCACAGUAUGUUACACUUCUUAUGGAUUGGAUAGAAGCACAAAUUAACAAUGAAUGCAUAUUUCCAGUUUCAACAGAUGUACCAUUUCCAAAAACUUUUGUACCUUUGUGUAGAAAAAUCUUGACACGCUUGUUUAGAGUUUUUGUCCAUGUCUAUAUACAUCAUUUUGAUCGUAUUGUGGCAAUAGGAGCUGAAGCACAUGUAAACACAUGUUACAAACACUUUUACUAUUUUGUAACAGAAUUCGAAUUAAUAAAUACAAAAGAAUUGGAACCAUUGGCUGAAAUGACUGCCAAAGUUUGUAAGGAUACAUCACCAACACAGACACCAUCACAUAAUCCUAGAUAG